CAGCGCCCAUGUGACAACAGAAGGUCAGACAUGGCAGCCUGUGUGAAGGAGCUCCACAAAGUUAUGUUUUCUCUGAGGUUAUUACGAAACCUGCGGCUCCAAAAUGAACGCUUCAUCUCCACAUCUCUGUGUCACAACAACGAGGAGCCACCAAAGUUCACCCCCCCAUCUAAACCUGUCAUCAUAGAUAAAACACAGACUGUGGCAUCUCUGAGAAAGUUUCUGAGCCCAGAGUUCAUCCCUCCCAGACAGAGAACAAAUCCUUUUAAGUUUUCCAUUGAGAGGAAAGACAUGAUUAGCAGGAGGAAAGUGCUCAACAUCCCUGAAUUCUACGUAGGGAGCAUCCUGGCAGUGACCAUGGCCGACCCUAACGCCAGCGGGAAAACUAACCGCUUUGUUGGCAUCUGUAUCCAGAGAGGUGGAAAGGGGCUGGGAGCCACAAUUAUCCUGAGGAACAUCAUUAAUAACCAAGGCGUGGAGCUCUGCUACGAGCUCUACAGCCCCCGUAUCCAGAAGAUUGACGUGCUGAAGCUGGAGAAGAGGCUGGAUGACAACCUGAUGUAUCUGAGAGACGCUCUGACUGAGUACAGCACCGUGGACCCGGACAUGAAGCCCGUGCCCUUCUCCCCCACCGGAGAGGUGCCUGUCAACAAGCUGAAGGUAAAGAUGCGCCCAAAGCCGUGGUCCAAACGCUGGGAACGACCCAAGUUCAACGUCCAGGGCAUCCGCUUCGACCUGUCGCUGACCCCGGAGCAGAUGGAGCACGCCCAGAAGUGGGCGGAGCCGUGGCGGGAGUACGACAUGCUGAAGGAGUACGACACGACCGAACUGGAGGAGAAGAUCUUCAGAGAGGUCCAGCGGGAGAUGAGCAAGUGAGGAAGAUCCUCCUGAAACGCUCUUCAGUUUCACCAUCGACAGACUUUUUCAGGAGAGGGGAAAAGGACUGGAAUAUGAGGUUUUGCUCUGCUGGAUUAAGUUAAUCUACAUGGAUUACUACGGCCACACCAGUGUAUAUAUGGAGCAGCCAAUAUGGAAACUGGUGUUGUAGUCUGAGGAGUUAUGUCUUCUUCUUUCUGUCUCGUCAGUCUGCUGUACAGUAUAUGCGUUUGUCGCUGGCCUUAGUUACGACAUCAGUAAGUGUUUUCUAUAAUAAAAGCUAUUGAACAUGA